UUAACAAUUUUUGUGUUCACUGAAUGUAUUGAACAACAAAAUAAAACUAAUACAAAUAAAUAUAUUUAUUUGUGCGGUGGACUAAUUGAUGGUAAAUAUACAGAUAAAUGUAUAAAAUUUGAUGAAAAUCCAGGAAAUUGGAAAACAAUUAAUCCUAUGCGUUAUCAACGUAAAUAUUUAAGCUUGGUUAGUUAUGAUGAAAAACUUUAUGCUAUUGGAGGUUAUAAUUCAACUGGUGAAUUAAGCUCGGUUGAAACAUUUAAAUCAAACAAUCUUGAUUCAGAUAAGUGGCAACCAUCAAAACCGUUAAAUAUUAAAAGAUAUUCUAUGGGUUCAACUGUUAUUGAUAAUAAAAUUUAUGUAUGUGGUGGUGUAAAUAAUGGAAAAGUUAUUAAAUCAUGCGAAAUAUUUUCAUCGAAAACAAAUUCAUGGCAAUUUACUAGACCAAUGAUGUUAGCUAGAUCAAAUUUUCAACUAAUAGCAAACAAUGGUUUUAUUUAUGCUAUUGGAGGAUCUGGAACACUUUAUUCAGUUGAACGAUAUAGUAUAAAAACUAAGCAAUGGUCAUUUAUACCGAAUACAAAUUAUCCAAGAGAUUCAUUUGGUGCAACUGUAUUUUUAAAUAAUAUAUAUAUCUGUGGCGGUUCAUCAAGUGAAAAAAUUUGCGAAAAAUAUGAUACAGAUAGAAAUACAUGGAUAACUAUUUCAUCAUUUAUCAAUCCAAGAUAUUAUUUUCAAAUAAUUACUUUCAAUGAUAAAAUAUUUGCAUUGGGAUCACAUCAAUCAACUUACAGUAGUUCGGUUGAGAUUUAUGAUUAUAAAUCUGAUCAAUGGUUUCUAUCUGAUUCACUACCUUCUGCUGUCUAUGAUCAUGCGUCAAGUAAACCAUUAAUAAGUGUUAGUCCAUUGAAAACUGCUGCACUGGGACGGGUGGCUGAAUUGGGCGAAUUUUAUGAUGCACGUACCGAUAAUUUUAUCGGUAUCAAUUUAUUUUCAGAUAAAGUACCCGGUUCACUGGUAUCAUCAACCGAUAAUGCCUAUACAAAUAUGAAAUUUACCAUGGCCAAUAUAUUGUAUGAUAAAUUCUAUAAACUAGAUGUAGAUGCUAGUCUAAAAUUGUCAUUUAUGGCCGGUUUAGUCACAAUUGAACUAGGUAGUUUGUAUGUUAAUAUCAAUGCCGUAUUGUUGCAUAUAUACGAUGAUGAAUCUGUUAUGAACAUAACGGACACCAAUUAUUCAAAUAUAACCGGCUAUUCGUUGUUUGAAUUGUUUGGCGGUAUACUACCCGAUAUUGAACCGCGCAAAACAUAG